AUGUCGUGGCCGGAGGUGGUGGGCUGGCCAGCGGCGCAGGCUGUGACUCAGGUCAACACCGACAGGCCUGACGUCGCGAUUGAGGUGCUCCCGUCCGGCACCAGUGUGGCCCCGGGGUUCAGCAGCGAGCGAGUACGCGUCUUCUUCGACGGGACUGGCAGCGUCGAGGCCACUCCAACGGAGCGAGGAGAAAAGGGGGAACAGAAGAUGAGCACCGCCAAGACGUCGUGGCCGGAGGUGGUGGGCUGGCCGGCGGCGCAGGCCGUGACUCAGGUCGGCACCGACAGGCCCGACGUGGCCAUCGAGGUGCUCCCGUCCGGCACCAGCGUGGCCCCUGGGUUCAACGGAGAGCGGGUCCGUGUCUUCUUCGACGGGACCGGCAGCGUCGCCGCCACUCCAUCGGUUGGUUAA